AUGGAUAUGAAUGAAGUCCAAUCAAGGCUCCUGUCGCAAUCAGUUGAGCCGUCUGACAACUCGAGUGAUAUACUCCUUUUCGAUGCUUCCAGAGAUAGACGUAGAAGCAAGAAGAAACAUCCGACUGUAAAGCGGGCCGAGGAGCUGCUAAGAAUGUGCAACCUGAAAUUUGAGCCGGGCACUUUCGGCGUGGGUGAGGUAGCCAAGGCUGUCAUCUGCUUCGACAUCGCCUGCCACCUGAUGGGCAGCACAGCAGUGGAUGCGCGCAAGGCAGCCAAGCUGAGUGGCAUGUCUCCACCUGCAUACGCCCGGGCGCGAGCAGCCAUUCAGAACGCUCUAGGCGUCAGCUGUACUAUUCUGUGCGCUGUGCGCGUGCAGGUCGCAGUUGAGCCUACCCCAGUUGGCCCUUCAGUUUGGGUGCAUGCGAGUGCUGGAGUCCACCCAACGCAACCUGCACAUGUGAGGAAAGGGAAGGGGGAAAGUGGAUGGAUUUAUGGAGAGGGAGUGCACCUGUCAGUGCUGCGUGAUGAGAAGAAGCAGUGCCACAGUUUGUGUGAGACGAGCUCCGUGUUUUCCCCUGUUGCUUCGUUUCCUCUCCAAGCCUUGUCUUCCACCCUGCCCCCUCCCCUUACCCCUUCUCCCUGCCCUCUCCCUCCUGCCCCCUCCAUCCUGUCCCCUCACCUCACCUCCGUGGUGGUCUGCCUACCGCCUCUCAGCUUCACCGCGCGCUUCACUGCCGCCCUCCCAGAGGCACGCAGGGGAGGCACUGACUUCUCCCGGCCGGCAUACAUGGCAGCGGCGCUCAUGCUCACUGCCACACGCAACCAACUGAAGAUGGACGCGGACAGGCUGCUUGAAGCCACACGGGUUGGCAAGGACGAGUUUCAGCAGGUGGUGGCAUGCAUGGAAGCCCACUGUGCAGACCUAGCUUCACACGAUGCAGCAAAGGGUGAUGAUGCCCGUGGGGCAGCUGAAAAGGAUGGAUCACUGAUUGUCAGGCACGCCCAGUUGUGCAUGCAUGCUACUGACGUGGCACACCUGCACCAGCAACGGCAUCACCAGCAGCCGCAGAGCAUUGCUGCUGCUGAUGUGGCAGAGCACCAGCGGAGCACUACCUCAGCUGACGUGGCACCACAGUCACAGGCUCCUGCCAGCAGGAGCAACAACCGCACCAUGCCAUUGCCCCAAGCCAAGCUCACUCUAUUAAAGAGACCCCCAGGGCGUUACAGGGUCUCAGGCCCCACUGCCAUGAACCACCACAUGCCACACCUGACAUGCCCCUCCCCGUGUGCCCCUUCCCACGUGUCCCUCCCCGCAUGUCCCUCCCCGCAUAUCCCUCCCCGCAUGUCCCUCCUCGCGUGUCCCUCCCCGCCCUACAGGCAAGCUGUGUCAGACGAAGCUGCUCUUUAA